UGAGUGGGAGGAGUUCAAGUCCUCGCCUCCAGCUGUUCUCUCCUCCUCCGAUCACAACACACGAGCAGCGGACGGAGGAUGAAUGGGAACCUCCUGCAGCUCCUCCUGAACUCACGAGGAGACGAACCUGCGGCCACUUCCUCACAUGUGGACGAUGAAAGCAGCAGCAGCAGCAGCUCAGACACAGCAGCUCCGAUUUUAUGCAACUUUUCGUGGAGUCCGGAGGAGCUGAGAUGAAGCUUUGUCUCUGAACUAACGAGGUCUGUAGUGAAGCUGCUGUCUGCUGCUGCUCGUCAUGUCCCUGUGGAUGAUUCUUCCUGUCAGCCUGCCCGUCUUCACCAUCACAGGAAUAUGGGUGGUAUAUGCGAUGUCCCUCUACAACCAGCACGUCUGCCCCGUGCACAACUGGCUUUACAACGAGUCCUGUGAGGAGCCUCUCCCACUACAGAGGGGUCCUGUGCUGUGCUGCACUCUGGACAACAUCCCACUCAUCAGUAAAUGUGGAACUCAGCCACCAGAAAGCUGCUUUUUCAGCCUCAUAUGCAGCACCGGAUCCUUCAUGGUGAUGCUGAUCGGCCUGCUGCGAUAUGCCCACGUCAUCGAGAAGCACCAGAACUGCAUCCUGAACACGGCCGGCCUCUCCACCGGCUGGAUCUGCGCCGCUGGGCUCAUCAUGGUGGGAAACUUCCAGGUGGAUUUUGCCAAAGUCCUCCACUACGUCGGCGCUGGAGUCGCCUUCCCCUCCAGUAUGUUGUUCGUGUGCCUUCAGUCGGCUCUGACCUACAGACUGGCCAAGACCCAGGACGAGUACCGGAUAGGCCACCUGAGAGUGGGGAUGGCCCUGCUGGCUCUGAUUGCCCUGGUGCUCAGCGGAGUUUUCUUCUGCCAGGAGAGCUUCGCCCUGCAGCACACCUCCGCCAUCUUCGAGUGGGUCUACUGCAUGCUCAUCAUGUUCUUCUACGGGACGUUUGCCUUCGAGUUCGGGGGGAUGUCGGGGGACACCCUGAUGGUCCUGUCCAGAGGAGGGGGGCUGCAGAGCUUCUCCACCGCCAACCACAAGGCGGAGGUCGGCGGAGGACCCGGCCAUCACCAGACAGAGGGUUUGUCGAUCCUGUAACUGAGCUGGAGGUCAAAAGGUCAACACGUAGACCGAUCUAGAAGACCCCGAAGUGGAGUCUGGAGCCUGGAAGCUGCAUCCUGCAUAUCGCCACGCUCACUAUUGCACAAAGCUGUUUUCCUGAGCAGUGACCAAAAACUGACAGACUUGUAUCCUGCUUUGUAAAAGUAGAUGCUGCAAAACGUUGCACAGUAUCAUUUGCCAAGUGCCUUUUUCUCAACACGGCCCUCCGUGUUUGUUUUAUUUCUGCUAACGUAACAAUCGCUCUCUGAAUUCUUGGCUGGAGGUGCCUUUUUGUCCGAGCGAACGUCCUGAAAGUGCCUCAGAUGUGCCGCGGCGUCAGCGCUGGAGUUUCUUCUCAUGUUGAGACGCUCAGACAUCUCGCCUUGUGUUGUUUCUACUCAGGAAGUUUCGUUACAUCACCAGCUUUCGCCCUUUACCUCCGUAGUAAAGGAGAAGCUUUCCGAAAACUUUUGACAAUAGAUGGACGUCACUGUGUGCCAAGAAUAAUUUGUUUCCUCUCAAGUGCCUGAAUUGUUUGUCAGAACGUGCGUUUGUGGCUGAAAUUUUGGCAGCAAUGUGAGUGUUUUUCUAAGUUUAUCCCGUGAUUCAACUUUUGAUAUCUGUUGCGUCUCGUAUGGGGAUAUUUCCAGAUAGCUGACCUUAACAGUGCCUAGAAGAAGUAUUUGCCCCCCUUGGAAGUCUUCCUCUUUUAUUACUUUUCAAGACUGAAUCAUUGUCACUUUAAUUUGGCUUUUUUGACAAGAACUGAACUCUGAGGUC